GGUUUGGGUGAGGGGGAAAAUCCCAGUGCUGACAGGGGGUUUACAUCACCCUGAUGUCUGUGGGGGGUUGGGAAGUAGGAUUUUGAGCCCCCUCCCCAUCCCAUGAACUCAAGAAGGGAAGUGAUUUACCUUUGCUUUGGUCUCAGGGUCUUUGUUUCAGAUUUAUGGUAUUUUGCAAUGGAGGGUCAUGGUGAUUAUUUGGUUCUCAUCUACCUCUAACGAUCCAGAUGGGGAAUUUGAGUGAGAAGCAGCAUGGAUCCUGCUUUUAUCUUCAUCUGGGUGAUUUUCUCACCUUUUUCCCACUUUUACUCAUCACCCUGCUGUUUUAAUGCCCUUACCUGCAGAUUGGAUGAGGAAAACACAUGGAAAAGAAGCAACCUGUUUGUUUUCAACUGUCACAGCAUGGUUUAUUCAAUUAUUUUGGGGCUUUGUUACUCAUGCCAGGGACUCUUUAGCAUGGGCAAUCCCUUGUUUGUAUGCAAACCCCCACCCUGACUUCCAGAGGAUGAAUUUGAGACCAUUUGGUGCCAGCUCUUAUCUCCCCCAUACACAUUUUCUCCAAGAUCAACAGCAAAUUUCUUCCCUUCUCACAAGAUUUCUCUGGAUGUGAGAGUCAGGAAGAGAGGACACUGAGGGUGCAAUGGCUUUCUUCCUCAAACCACGGCCAUGCACAUGGCACCUUGCCAUGGACUACCACACUGCCAAACAGUUUGAAGUGGACAUAACUCUGGAUCCAGCCACAGUGGGUCCAGAGGUGAUCCUCUCUGAGGACCUCAAAGAAGCCACAUGGGGCAGACCUCGAUGCCAGUGGCCGGAGGGUCCAGGCCGGUUUGACACAGACCCAUGCAUGCUGGGCAGCGAGGGCUUCACCUCGGGCCGCCACUACUGGGAGGUGGAGGCCAAUGGGCGCUUCUGGGCCGUGGGGGUGGCCCGUGAGUCUGUGCAGAGGAAAGGCCGGGUCCUCUUCAAGCCCAACACUGAAAUCUGGGGCUUGCAGAAGUAUGAUGAGCUCUGUGUUGCCCUCACAGCUCCAUCCAACACCUCUGUCCCACUCCUCAAUGGGGAGAUUGGAGUCUACCUGGACUAUGAGGUGGGACAGGUCUCUUUCUACGCCGUCAGCAGCCGCCAACGCAUCUUCACUUUUCCUGUGGCCUCCUUCAGUGGGGAGAGGGUCUUCCCCUACUUUUGUGUGCUGCUCUCAACCAUUAAACUGUCCCCCAAGGGCUGAUGCCCUUUGAAGGAUCCUCCUGAUCUGAAGCUGAUUGCAUCAUGGUGGUUGGAAAUGCUUGUUGAUGCUCCUCAGCUCUUAUUUUCCAAGUCUUAGAGUAAUUUCUAACCCAGUUCAUAGUCCUACCUCCAUCUUCGAUGUCUCUGGCUGGGGUUAUGUCCAGGGGGUCUGAGUUCAGCACGACUCAUCUCUACUUGUUAAAUUAAUCCAAAGCUCAUUAACAGGACCUGGGCUUCCCUGAGCUUGUUUUGAGCUAAAACUUUGCUUUUUUCUCCCAAAUUCAGCUUCCUCUGAAUGUUCCUUUUGCCUAUCUCAAUGCCUAUGAUUGGCUGGGCUUCCAGCUCAAAUUAAAAAUCUUAAAUUUU